AAAGAGCUUCGUAGAUCCGCUUCCGUACUUCACUGGCGGCGACGCCACAAAGCCUCCGUGAUUCGCCAAUCUUCAUCACCGCUCCGCGUUCUCCCUCCCUCUCGCAAGCACGUAUUUUUAUUGUUAUGCUAGUUGUUGUAUUCGGACUUGAGCUACGUCUAUGGCUUCCGGUACGGGAAACGAAUCUACGAACGGUUCUUCGAGCUCAAAAGGCGAGAGGCCUACGAUUGAGCCCUUAAGAUUGCCCACGGUCGAGGAAAUACGCGGCCAAGAUAUUUGGAACAACUGCGCUGUGCGCAGUAUCGUUAGCGGAGUCAUGGGAGGUGGGCUUGGGCUGUUCAUGGGUAUGUUUCUAGGGGCAUUGGACAACCCUAUAAUGCAGGAAGAAAUGACUGGUAGGCAGCAGUUCAUUUAUACAGCAAAGCAGAUGGGGCGCAGGAGCUGGAGUUCUGCCAAAGCAUUUGCAGUUAUGGGCCUGGUUUUUUCAGCAGCUGAAUGUGCUGUUGAGAAGGCACGGGCAAAACAUGACACUACAAAUACAGUGGUUGCUGGGUGUGUAACUGGAGGUGUAAUUUCUGCAAAAGGUGGUCCAAAAGCAGCGUGCGCCGGUUGUGCUGGCUUUGCAGCGUUUUCUGUCCUGAUCGAGAAGUUUCUAGAUAGGCACGAUUGAUUUGGUGCCCCAUUGCUAUCCUGUCCCAGUUUUGCAAGUAUUAGAGAGUUACUACAAGAGAAUUAGAGAGAAGUGAUGGUCAUUGAUGAUACCCUAUUUUCAACCCUACUUUGAUCAGCAAUUACCCACGCUAUUGAAGAAAUAUGCAAUUCGAAGUUUUUAUACUACCAAGUGUAUUCCUUGUAUGCUAGUUAGUAAUUACGCUCUGCGGAUGUAUUCUUUUCAAUAUUGAGGGAGGUUCAGUGGGCUGUUAGAUACUAUACAUUAUGAGUUGGUAUUCAAAUAAAUCAGUGAAAAGAAAUUUAAUUGGGUAA